AUGCCACUGUUACAAGUAGAUAGCAAUCCGGACCUCAAAACUAGACUCAUUGAACAAGAUGUCCUUCAGGAGUCCCAAUUACAACCAAUUUUCUUAACUAGAGUCGAAGUCAAUGGUGGUGAAGAUUUCAGUUAUCAAUUCUUUAAUAAAUUGUUAUCGCCCUUGUUAACCACCGGUGAUUACACAUUGGCUCAGCUUACGUACAAAAUCAAUGAAUCAUUCCAGCAUUUAAAAGAUACUGGAGUUUUCAAAAAUGUGGGUGUUGUUUUAGAACCCGACUAUUAUUCAAACGUACCAGCUCAAAUCACCUCCUUCAAUAGAGAGAAAUCCAUCCCCACAAGAGUUAUUUUUGAUGUUUCCAAUGUCAAUUUAAACAUCAAUGAGACUUUUUUAAAUUUCAAUAAUGAAGAAUUUAUCAAUUUGAAAUUGAACCACGUUGAUAAUAACUUUAAUGAAAAUGCCGAAUUAGUCUCAGUGGGGGUGGAUUAUAAUCCAUAUAAACCAUAUGACUAUUUGUUAACAAAUUUGAAAUUUACAUCGGGGUUAAAAGACCCGCGUUUCAAGUUUCUCAUUGAUGUCGGCUACAACACUAGAGAUGAUCUUGGAUGGCAAAAUUUUCAACAUAAUCAAUUAGGCGGUAAGAUUGGAUUACUAUACAAGACCCAACGUGAAUUUGAUAUAUUCACUGGGUUUCAAUUAUUCAAGAGAAACUUGUUCAAUAUCGAAGAUGGCGCCGAUGAUAAUUUGAAAUUUUUUGGCGGUGAUUUUUUGAAAUUGAGUGUAUUGAAUAAAUUUAAAUACGAACGUAUUCAAUACUUGAAUCAUGCCACGAAAAAUUUCCCCACCAAUGGUGGCAAUGUCCAUGUUAGAUCGGAAUUGACUUCUGUUCAAGAACAAAACAAUGCUUCCAACCGAGGUGAAUUUAUCAAGCUGCAAAUUGGAUUUGAUUUAUAUAAAUCACUAUUCGACAAUUACAUCACGACUAAAGUCCAAGGUGAGCUUGGUGGCAUCUUCAACUUCAAUACCAAAUUCCCCAUUCAUCCAUUGGAUAAAUUUUAUCUUGGAGGUUACAAUUCAUUUACCGGGUUUAAGAAAAAUAGCAUUGAACAACAGGGCGGAUUGCAAUUCUACAAGUUACAAGCAACUAUAUUCACCAAGAUCCCCUACUUCUUGUACUCGCCCAAAUUGAACCGCGAAAAUAGCGAGUUACUAGUUGAGCUGAACCCAUUGCGUUUGUAUGGAACCGCUUUGGUGGGGAAUUGCAUUGCUACAUCGAAUAAGAAUUUCUGGCAGAAUGAAAACCCAGCAGUUUCUUAUGGGUUUGGAUUAAAGUAUUUUAACCGGUGGGCUAAUUUUGAUAUUGGGUAUUUUGUUAGCCAGAAAUUGGGAGUUGAUAAUUUUGGAGGCGUUAAAAAUGGGUUACAAUUUUCAAUAUCGAUUGGGGCUUCGGAUAGUAAUUUGUAG